AUCAGUGCAUGCAUGUAAUGCUGCAGAUUCUGCAGAUUUUGCGAAAGUCAUAACAUCCAACAUUUGUAAAAAUGACGCACAGAGGAUCUGAUAUACACGAUGUUAACGCCGAACAGGCCGAAAUAAUGAAAUGGAGAGCUGAAAGACGCCUGGUACUGAGAAACCAAUACCUCAAGGAGAUCCACAAUCCUAAUAGUGGACCUGACGGUCAUAUUUUUGAUGAACAAAUAUUCCGGCAGUAUGCAACAAUCAUGGGAAAAGAUUCCCUUUAUAAGCCAAAACCAAAUCACUUUUUAAAAAUCGCAGCAGGAAUACUUGCAUUUUACGCAGUUUUUAAGUUAAUACGAAAUGAUAGAGACCGCAAAGAACAUUUGUACAGAACUGGCCAGAUAAGUUACAGAGACAGAGAAUUUAAAUUUGCCUAAGAAUUCAAUUUUGAUUAUUAAGAAAUUAAAACAAAUGUAGAUGGUGUACAAUAAAUAUUGGAACGAUAUUAUUCAAA